UCUCCUCAGUGUCCUCGCCACUUCGCCAACAACACCAUCUCCCUCGUGGCCGGGAACUCUUGGGGGGGUGACCUCGUAUGCCCCAGGAUCGUGACCUUGUAUAGGGACUCUGAAGAAGAAGGAGAAAGAGAAGAAAAGAAAACAGUAUAGUUAUUUAUUUAAUUCGUUUUUUUUGUAAGUGAAAAUUUAAACGAAAACCUAAAUUUCCAGCUGAAAAAAUAUAAUAUCCUCUUCUCUAAGGAAAAAUAAUAUAUAUAUAUAUCUCAGUGUCGCAAGCUCAGGUGUGGUCGAUAGGCCUACAAAUAAAGAAAAAUAUAAUUUAAAAAAGAUUACUUCAUUAUAAAGUGUACGUAAUAACUCUGUGCCUUACUGAACGUUCCUUUACCCGAAGCCUUAAUAUAUUUACGCUCAGGACCGGUGCCGUGGAAGCCUUAUUUAUAAUUAAAUAAUUUAUUAAACUAACUUAUUUUAAUGACUAUUUAUUGAACCCUAUUUAUUUAUUUAUUGGACUUAAGUUAUUGCGUGUGUCCGUCGACUCGACUCCGAUACCAGUGAAGGAAUUUUUUGUGUGAAACGAAGUGAAAAUGGAAAUGGUACAAUUACGAACCCUUCGAGUGCCGUUGUGACGAAUUUGACCCAAAGACGAAAAAAAAAAAAUACAGAAGCAAGAACAUUUUUUAAAGAUUAUUAUAUGUGGAUUCGUUUCGAAAAGUGAAGUUUCAUUUUUGGUUUUCGAAUCGUGUUUCAUUUCGUUUUCUUUUACGAAGGAGAGUGAGGGCGAAGUGAAAUCUUUCUCUCCCUUUUUACCCCCUUUUUCCCUUCUUCCUGCCAUCGUCACCGCCACUCUUAAAACGAAAUAACGAAAGAAAAAGAGAGAGAAAGAGAAAGAAAAAAGUGAAUAUCAAAGAAAAAAGCAAGAAAAACCAAAACAUGAAAAAAUAGUAGAGGGGAAAAAAAAUCCAAAACCAAAAUCAAAGAAAACGAAAAAGAAUAACAACAAAUAUACCCGAAAUAAAGAGAAAGAAAGAAAGCGAAAGAGAUCGAUAAAGAUAGAGAGAGAUAUAUACCUAUACCCCAAAGAAAGGAGGGAAAAUUUUCAAAAAAUCGAGAGCAUCCGUUAUCCAGUCUCCCUCUCGAAAUUGUGCCGCUAAAUGGUGAAUAUGGACGGAGAAGCCCUUAAGCCUGAAGCCUUUUUAACCACGGCCUCCACCACCGCCACCCUUGUCGCCGCCAGGAGUCCUCCGUCGUAUCCCAAAGUCGCCGAGGCCACGGAUGAAUUCCACCCGUUCAUCGAGGCGCUGUUGCCACACGUCAAGUCCUUCUCGUACACAUGGUUCAACCUCCAGGCGGCCAAGCGGAAAUACUUCAAGAAACAUGAGAAGAGGAUGUCACUCGAGGAAGAGAGGAGGUGUAAGGAUGAGCUACAGAACGAGAAGAACGAAGUGAAGCAAAAAUGGGCGUCUCGUCUGCUGGGUAAACUCCGGAAGGACAUCACGCAAGAGUGCCGGGAGGAUUUCGUCCUGUCCAUCACGGGGAAGAAGCCUGCCAUGUGCGUGCUGUCCAACCCCGACCAGAAGGGCAAGAUGAGGAGGAUAGACUGUCUCAGGCAGGCCGAUAAGGUAUGGCGCCUGGACCUGGUGAUGGUGAUCCUGUUCAAAGCCAUCCCUCUGGAGUCGACCGACGGCGAGAGGCUGGAAAAGUCGCCAGAUUGUUUACAUCCGGGACUCUGCGUCAACCCCUACCACAUCAACGUUUCCGUCCGAGAGCUUGAUCUUUACCUGUCCAACUUCAUUACUAUGAACGGUCCACGCCCCGUUUUCGCUAACGGACGAGCGGCCCACUUACAUAAGCGUUCCCUGGUGGCUAAUACGCGCGCCACCUCGGGGACAAUAAAACUUUCGGAUACCUGA